AUGAAUGGAAAUAGAGAAGAAGAAAAUGAGGCAAAGAUUGAAAAUGUGCAGAAAACAGGUUUUAUCAAAGGACCAAUGUUUAAAGGUGUUGCUUCAAGUCGAUUUUUGCCCAAAGGCACGAAGACAAAAGUUAAUUUGGAGGAACAGGGGCGGCAGAAGGUGUCAUUCAGCUUCAGCCUUACAAAGAAAACAUUGCAGAACAGAUUUCUCACCGCACUUGGCAAUGAAAAGCAAAAUGAUACUCCAAACUCUCCAGCUAUACCUCUUCAAGUAGACUCAUCCCCUAAAAACAAAAUGGACAGCGGGGAAACCUUAUCUAUUACAGAGGAAUCGUCUCCUCCCAAAUCAAGAGUGGAAUUGGGCAAAAUUCAUUUUAAGAAACAUCUACUACAUGUAACCUCUCGGCCCCAGCUGGCUACUACCACAUCAAUAACGCCUCCAUCUCCUCCCACUGUACACAUACCAGCAGUCAUAGCAGAAUCGAUUAUAGACUCGCCCCCUUCAUCUCCACCUCCACCACCUCCACCUCCCCAAGCUACAAUACCCUCACCACCAGCACCAAUAGCAGAGCCAGUGGCCUUGCCACAAACACCAGUAAAAGUUCUGGCCGCACCUGUUUUCUCACCAGAGGAUGUAGCAGUUAGAGCUCUGAAAGAACCACCAGUUACCACCGUGCCGGAAUCUUCAGAGGGGGAUAAUAAGCAUGAUACUGUAUCGAAUAGUGCAGAAGAGCAGGUAACUGAACAUUUGAAAGAGCAAGUUGAUACUCUCUCGCAGAAAGAAGAUUCCCAUAUUGGGAAGGAAGAAGAAAUUCCGGAUAGUUCGAAGAUUAGUCCGAGCUCUAAGAAACCAGGUUCUAAAAAGAAGUCCUCACCCUUUGAAGGCACCUUUCUUGCUUCAGAAUCUGACGAAGAUUCUGUACGGACUUCAUCAAGUCAGAGAUCACAUGACUUAAAAAGUUCAGCAAGCACUGAGAAGGAAAGAGAUGUGAAAAAGAACUCAGCACCUUUAAAAAACAAUGAGGAUUCAGGGAAAUCGCGCUCUAAAACAGAGAGAGAUGAUAAAUAUUUUAGCUACUCAAAACUUGACCGCGAUCCUCGGUAUGUGUCUUCCCGGUGCAGGCCGGAAAGAGAGCGAAGGCGGAGCAGAUCACGUUCUAGAUCAGACAGAGGCUCCAGAACGACUUUAUCCUAUUCUCGGUCAGAACGGUCUCAUUAUUACGAGUCUGACAGGCGCUACCAUCGAGGGGGUUCCCCUUACCGAGAGAGGACCCGCUAUUCUCGGCCGUACACAGACAACAGGGCGCGAGAGAGUUCCGACUCUGAUGAUGAGCAUAAGAAGACAUACUCCAGGCGUACCUCAUCUCAUUCCUCCUCUUACAGAGACCUAAGGACAUCAUCCUAUUCCAAAUCUGAUCGGGAGUGCAAAAGCGAGAGCUCUUACUUGGAGAUGGAGAGGAGGGGCAAGUAUUCAAAACUAGACAGAGAAACAAAGAGGAUAUCAGAAAACGAAGCAAUAAAGAGAUGCUGUUCUCCCCCUAGUGAACUGGGCUGCCGAAGGGGGUCAUCCUAUUCCAAGCACGAUACCAGUGCUUCCCGUUACAAAUCUGCCCUUUCAAAACCUCGAUCCAAGUCUGAUAAACUUAAAAAUUCUCUCUGCUGUGCAGAAUCCAAUGAGGAAAGCAAACAGUCUCCUCCUUUGGGCUUACAGACGCCUUGCUUGAAAACUAGUGAAGUCAGAACAAUGACUAAAAUCCCUGAAAGAGAAAAGACUCGGUCCUUGUCUCCAUCAAAUCAAUUAAAUGAUUCCCCUCCUUUAAAAAAGAUAGAUGGGUCACCUGUUUUCAAGUCUGAAUUUAUAGAACACGAUUGCCACGAUAGUAUUAAAGAACUGGACUCUUUAUCCAAAGGGAAGAAGGAUGAAUUGAGAAGUUUUUGUCCCCUUGAAUUCAAUGUGAAUGGAUCUCCUGGGGCAGAAUCUGACAUGGCAACAUUUUGCACUUCUAAAACAGGUGCUGUUUUGAUGACUUGUGAUGAUAGUGUGAGUGGAUCCGAGGUGUCCCCUUUGGCUACAGUGUGCAUGCUCUCAUCAAAUGGCUAUCAGAGUAUCAGCAAAUGCAAAGAGAAAGACUUGGAUGAUAUAUGCUUGCAGCAUCCAUCAAAAAGUCCACUGAGAGAAACAGAAUCUCUAGUGUCCCCACACGAUAAACUCACCUCUUUGCCAGUCAUAACUAUAGAUUAUUCCAGAACAGUAGUUAAGGAAGCCUUGGAGAAGAGAGUUUCUUGCUGUAAAACCAAAGAUUCAGAUAGAUACUGUACUGCAGAUGAGAGUACCCCUUCUUUCUGUUGUUCUGAAGUUGAAAACGUUGAGCCUUCAGUUAGGAAGAUUUCAUCCAAUAGCUUUAUGAAUGUGCACUUAGAAUCAAAAACAGUCUUAUGUGAUAAUAGAAGUCUGACAGAUCAGCACUCAAAAUUUGCAUGUGAAGAGUAUCAACAGAGCGUUGGUAGUACUAGUUCAGCUUAUGUUAACCAUUUUGAUGAUUUAUAUGAACCUAUAGAGAGUUCAGACAUCGCUUCAUCUCCAGGGAUAAAAGCGGACAGUUUAGCUCUUUUGCAAGGUGAUGAGGACACCUCUCCAGUUCCGGAUGCAGUGCUGACAGAUAAAAAUAGUACAGAGUUUUUAAAGCAUGCCGAAACAACCAUCGAAGUGGAUAGUGGCCUUCCUGAUUCAAGAAAGGGAUUUGCUUCCUGGGAAAACAGGCGUAAUAAUGGAUUAUUAGGUCAUGGUUUGCAGGAGGCUCAAGAAGAAGGGAAUUCCAUAUUGCCUGAUAGAAGAGGAAGACCAGCCAUCUCUUUGGAUGAGGAAGGAGAAAGGGGACAUGCACAUACUUCCGAUGAUUCAGAAGUUGUGUUUUCUUCUUGUGAUCUGAAUUUAACCAUGGAAGACACUGACGGUGCACCUUAUACCUUAAAGUGUGACAGUAGUGGUCAUGCUACUGAAAUUGUGUCAACUGUCCAUGAAGAUUAUUCUGGUUCUUCGGAAAGUUCAAGUGAUGACAGUGAGUCAGAAGAUACAGAGUCUGAUGAUAGCAGUAUUCCAAGAAACCGCCUCCAGUCUGUUGUGGUUGUGCCAAAGAACUCUACGUUGCCCAUGGAUGAAACAAGUCCUUGUUCUUCUCGGAGCAGCCAGAGUUACAGACAUUAUUCCGAUCACUGGGAUGAUGAGAGAUUAGAGUCAAGGAGACAUUCGUAUGAGGAAAAGUUUGAGAAUAUGACAAGUAAAGGCUGUCCUCAAACGGAGAAGUUCUUUCUUCAUAAAGGAGCAGAGAAGAAUCCCGAAAUUUCUUUUACACAGUUCAGCAGAAAACAGGUAGACAAGCAUCUGCCUGAAAUUGCUCAUCCUCAGAGUGAUGGGGUUGAUAGUACAAGUCAUGCAGAUGUGAAAUCUGACUCUCUACUAAGUCACCUGAAUGCGGAGGACAUAGUAAAAGGCAAAACAUCUAGGCAACAAGAAGAGCUUCCAGUUUAUUCUUCGGAUGAUUUCGAAGAGAUACCAAGUAAAUCCCGGCAACAGAUCCCUUUCCCUAACCGGCCAGAUAGCAGACUGGGGAAAAUGGAGCUAACUUUUUCUUCCUCUUGUGAUAUCUCCCGCAUGGACAGCUUGCAUUCCUCGGAGGAGCUCAGAAACCUGGGCUGGGACUUGACUCAACAAGAAAGGCCUACGACCACCUAUCAGCAGCCUGACAGCAGCUAUGGGGCCUAUGGGGCACACAAGUAUCAGCAAACUGCCGAACAGUAUGGCGGGCCCCGUCAUUAUUGGCACAGCAAUGGCUACUGGGACCCGAGAUCGGCAGGCAGGCCUCCUGGAUCUGCCGUCACUUACGAUCGCAUGCAGGGUCAGGUGCCAGAUUCCUUAACCGAUGACCGGGAAGAAGAGGAGAAUUGGGAUCAGCGGGGUGGAUCCCAUUUUUCAGGCCAAUCCAACAAAUUUCUUCUAUCCCUUCAGAAGGACAAGGGCUCUGUGCAGGCGCCAGAAAUAAGCAGCAAUUCCAUCAAAGACUCUCUAGCUGUGAACGAAAGGAAGGAGUUUUCUAAAAACUUUGAAAAAACUGACCUCAAAGAGAGAGGGCCUCCCAAAAAACGGAGGCAGGAAUUGGAGAGCGAGUCUGAAAGCGAUGGUGAGCUUCAAGACAGAAAGAAAGUCAGAGUGGAGAUAGAGCAGGAGGAGACAUCGGUGCCACCACACUCGGAGCUGAUCGGGCCUUCCUGCGUCAUGGGUGACUUCAGGGACCCACAGCGGUGGAAGGAGUGUGCCAAGCAGGGCAAGAUGCCUUGUUACUUUGAUCUGAUUGAAGAAAAUGUUUAUUUAACAGAAAGGAAGAAGAAUAAAUCUCAUCGGGAUAUUAAGCGAAUGCAGUGUGAGUGUACACCUCUUUCCAAAGAGGAAAGAGCUCAAGGUGAAAUAGCUUGUGGGGAAGAUUGUCUCAAUCGUCUCCUCAUGAUCGAAUGUUCUUCUCGAUGCCCAAAUGGGGAUUUUUGUUCCAACAGACGGUUUCAGAGAAAACAGCAUGCAGACGUAGAAGUCAUACUUACUGAAAAGAAAGGCUGGGGCUUAAGAGCUGCCAAAGACCUCCCUUCGAAUACCUUUGUCUUGGAAUACUGUGGAGAAGUACUUGAUCAUAAAGAGUUUAAAGCUCGAGUGAAGGAAUAUGCACGAAACAAAAAUAUUCACUACUAUUUCAUGGCUCUGAAGAAUGAUGAGAUAAUAGAUGCUACUCAGAAAGGAAAUUGCUCUCGUUUCAUGAAUCACAGCUGUGAACCAAACUGUGAAACCCAAAAAUGGACUGUGAAUGGACAACUAAGGGUUGGGUUUUUUACAACCAAACUGGUUCCAUCAGGCUCAGAAUUAACGUUUGACUAUCAGUUUCAAAGAUACGGAAAAGAAGCCCAGAAAUGUUUCUGCGGAUCAGCAAAUUGCCGGGGUUACCUGGGAGGAGAAAACAGAGUUAGCAUCCGAGCAGCAGGAGGGAAAAUGAAGAAAGAACGAUCUCGAAAGAAGGAUUCAGUAGAUGGAGAGCUGGAAGCGCUGAUGGAAAACGGAGAGGGUCUCUCUGAUAAAAACCAGGUGCUCAGUUUAUCCCGGCUAAUGGUGAGAAUUGAAACUUUGGAGCAGAAACUUACCUGUCUUGAGCUCAUUCAGUUGGAAAACCUUCAUUCAUUUGGAUCAUAUGGAAAGGAGGAGGUGUAUCGAAUUCCAAAGAAAAGUCAAACUGAAAAGGAGAGCACAGUAACUGAACGAGGAAGGGAUAUUGUUGCCUUCAGAGAUCAAACAGCUGCCCCAAAGACUCCCAACAGGUCAAGAGAAAGAGACUCAGACAAACAAACACAAAAUAAAGAGAAAAGGAAACGAAGGGGCUCUCUUUCACCACCUGCUUCUGCCUAUGAGCGGGGAACCAAAAGGCCAGAUGACAGGUACGAUACACCAACUUCGAAAAAGAAAGUUCGAAUUAAAGACCGCAAUAAACUUUCCACCGAAGAGCGCCGGAAGUUAUUUGAGCAAGAGGUGGCCCAGCGGGAGGCCCAGAAACAGCAGCAGCAGAUGCAGAACUUGGGCAUGACGUCCCCGCUACCCUAUGACUCUCUGGGCUACAACGCCUCCCAUCACCCCUUUGCUGGCUAUCCACCGGGGUACCCCAUGCAGGCCUACGUGGACCCCAGCAACCCCAAUGCUGGGAAGGUGCUCCUGCCCACGCCCAGCAUGGACCCCGUGUGCUCUCCUGCUCCUUAUGACCACGCCCAGCCCUUGGUAGGACAUUCAACAGAACCUCUCGCUGCCCCUCCGCCGGUGCCAGUGGUGCCACACGUGGCGGCCCCCGUGGAAGUUUCUAGUUCACAAUAUGCGGCCCCGACGGAUGGUGUGGUACACCAGGACUCCAAUGUUGCGGUCAUGCCCGUACCAGCCCCAGGCCAAGUCCAGGGACAGAAUUACAGUGUUUGGGAUUCAAACCAGCAGUCCGUCAGUGUACAGCAGCAGUACUCACCUGCACAGCCACAAGCAGCCAUCUAUUAUCAAGGACAGACAUGUCCCACUGUCUAUGGUGUGACGUCACCCUACUCACAGACAACACCACCAAUUGUACAGAGUUACGCCCAGUCAAGUCUUCAGUAUAUCCAGGGACAGCAGAUUUUCACAGCACACCCGCAAGGAGUGGUGGUCCAGCCAACCACAGCUGUGACUACAAUAGUUGCCCCAGGGCAGCCUCAGCCCUUACAGCCACCUGAAAUGGUUGUGACAAACAAUCUACUGGAUCUGCCACCGCCCUCUCCUCCCAAACCGAAAACUAUUGUGUUACCUCCCAACUGGAAGACAGCACGAGACCCAGAAGGGAAGAUUUACUACUACCACGUAAUCACGAGGCAGACUCAGUGGGAUCCUCCUUCUUGGGAAAGCCCUGGAGAUGAUGCCAGCCUUGAACAUGAAGCUGAGAUGGACCUGGGAACCCCAACAUACGACGAAAACCCCAUGAAGACAUCGAAAAAGCCCAAGACAGCCGAGGCAGACACCUCCAGUGAGCUGGCGAAGAAAAGCAAAGAAGUGUUCCGAAAAGAGAUGUCUCAGUUCAUUGUCCAGUGCCUGAACCCCUACCGGAAGCCUGACUGCAAAGUGGGCAGGAUCACCACCACCGAGGACUUCAAGCACCUGGCCCGCAAGCUGACGCACGGGGUUAUGAACAAGGAGCUGAAGUACUGUAAGAACCCCGAGGACCUGGAGUGCAACGAGAAUGUGAAACACAAAACCAAGGAGUACAUCAAGAAGUACAUGCAGAAGUUUGGGGCUGUUUACAAACCCAAAGAGGACACCGAGUUAGAGUGACUGUGUGUGGGCGCAGGUGGCCGGCUGGGCACUCGGGGUGGGGUGGGGGGAUUCGAGGGAGAAGAAAUCCUUCAGCCUCUGCCUCACUCCGUGGCCAGCACCCCCGGCCAUCCAAGGCUGCAGGAGUCAACAGAGCUUGAGCUCCAGCUCCAAGUCGCCCCCCACCCCCGUUGUGAGCUGUUGGGAGCUGAUCAGGGGCCAUGGGGAACAACCCCCCCACCCCUGGGGAACACCCUGGCCAGACCUGACCCCAACCUGUGACCUGGGUCUCCUCCUUGGCGGUGCUGUCAGCGCACAGACCCAUGCGCAUUCCCCUCCCCCCCCACCCUUGACCCCCGACCCCGACCAUCUGUAUUAUAUUUUAAUGUAUAUGUGAAUAUAUUGAAAA